AUGGCUCGCUCCUUCUUCCGGAAGCGACUCGAGGUCGAGGAGAUCACGCCGAUACCUGGACCCUUUGAUGCCAACUCGUCGAGCGUCGAUCACCUGCAGCACCUUCAGCAGUUCGAAAAGGCCCACAAGCUGGACCCUAACCUCCCCCUCGACGACCUCAACGAUGUGGAUGCCGCCAUCGCAACGGGCAAUGCCGAAAAGGGCAUCGAGAUUGAGCAUGCUCUCAUGGAAGACAACAGCCCCUAUCCAGAGGUACGCACGCCCUUUCGCGGUCAACCGCCGGCUCCUUCAUCCCGCGUGCACACCCAGACGCACGGAAUGGGACUGACAGAAUGCCAGGUUCGUGCCGUCGUCCGCAACUACGACGUCGACUUCCCCGCCAACACCGUUCGCGCCUGGGUCAUCGGCAUGCUUCUCUGCACCCUAGGUUCCGGCGUCAACAUGCUCUUCUCGCUUAGAAACCCUAGCAUCGCCAUCACGACCUACGUCGUCCAGCUCAUCGCCUACCCCAUCGGUCGUGGCUGGGACCUCGUCAUGCCCGACAGAGUCUGGAACCUCUGCGGACUCAAGUUCAACCUUCGACCCGGCAAGUUCAAUUACAAGGAGCACGUCGUCAUCGUCGCCAUGUCAAAUGCUGCGUAUGGUGGAGGCGUCCUGUACGCUACCGAUGUUCUCAUCGCCCAGAAGGUGUUUUAUGGACAAGACUUUGGACCUGCCUUCCAGAUUCUCUUUGGCAUCACAACCCUCUGCACCGGCUACGGCCUCGCCGGUCUCGCUCGACGCUUCCUCGUCUGGCCCGCCGCCAUGAUUUGGCCCGCCGACCUCGUCAACUGCGCUCUUUUCUACACCCUGCACGACCACUCGAGAUCCGAUCCCUCCAAGACCAACGGCUGGUCUAUUGGCCGAUACAAGCUCUUUCUCAUCGUCGGAGUGGCCGCCUUUGUCUACUACUGGAUCCCAGGCUGGAUCUUUCGAGGCUUGUCCGUCUUUGCUUGGCUGUGUUGGGUUGCCCCCAACAACGUCGUCGUCAACAAGAUAUUCGGCGGACAGCAUGGCUACGGAUUGAUGCCCGUCACCUUUGACUGGACCAUCGUCAGCGGUUUCGUCGGCUCGCCCCUCAUCCCUCCCUUCCACGCCAUCGCCAAUGUCCUCGUCGGCAUCGUCGUUUUCUUCGUCUUCGUCUCCAUGGGCGUUCACUUCAGCGGCGUAUGGUACGCCGACUACGUUCCUGUCCAGUCCUCCGAGUCCUACGACAACAUGGGCAACAUCUACAACGUGAGCCGAAUCCUCGACAGCAACUUCCGCUUCAACGAGACGGCCUACAAGCAGUACUCGCCUCUCUUCCUCUCCACCCAGUUUGCCAUGGCCUAUGGCCUCUCCUUUGCCGCCAUGUCCGCCGUCAUCAUCCACGUCGCCCUCUACCACGGCCCGGACAUCUGGAGGCAGUUCAAAAUGGCACGCCACCAGGAAGACGACGUCCACAUGCGCCUCAUGAAGAAGUACCGAGACGCCGAGGACUGGUGGUACGCUGCCUUGUUCGUCGUCAUGAUCGCCAUCUCCUUUGGAGUUGUCGUCGGCUGGCCUACCGGAUUCCCUGCGUGGGCAUACGUCAUCUGCCUGCUGCUCCCCAUCAUUUGGCUCAUCCCCAUCGGCCUCAUCCAGGCCAUCACCAACAUCCAGCUUGGACUCAACGUCCUGACCGAGUUCAUCAUCGGCUACAUGGUCCCCGGACGACCCCUUGCCAUGAUGAUGUUCAAAAACUACGGCUACAUCUCCAUGUCGCAAGCCCUCUACUUUUCGCAGGACCUCAAGCUAGGCCACUACAUGAAGGUGCCUCCCCGUGUCAUGUUCACCUCCCAGCUGGUCGCCUCCAUCUGGUCGGCACUCGUCCAGAUCGGCGUCAUGAACUGGGCCAUCCACAGAAUCCCCGAUGUCUGCUCGCCAAACCAGCCCAACAGCUACACCUGCCCCAGCGGUCGCGUUUUCUACACGGCCUCGGUCGUGUGGGGCGCCAUCGGUCCCGCCCGCAUAUUCAGCCACGGUGCCAUAUACUCGUCGUUGCAGUGGUUCUGGCUAGUCGGCGCCGCGACCCCCAUCAUCACCUGGCUCCUCGCUCGUCGGUGGCCAAAGUCGAUUUGGCGCUACGUCUGCACGCCCGUCAUCUACGGAGGAACCGGCUUGCUGCCGCCGGCGACGGUGUACAUAUUUCUCUGCUGGGGUGUCGUGGGCAUCAUCUUCAACUACUUCAUCAAGCGCCGCUACGCCGGCUGGUGGCUGCAGUACAACUACAUCGUUUCGGCCGCCCUCGACUGUGGCCUCAUCGUCUGCUCCCUCCUCAUCUUCUUCACCUUGUACCUGACAGGCCAGAAUGCACCGAAUUGGUGGGGGAAUCGUUUUCCAUUUGAAACCCUCGACUACACGGGCCAAGCCAUCAAGAAGCAUCUGCAACCUGGCGAAACGUUUGGACCGUCCGUCUGGCCUUGA